CAUCGAUGCAUUUGUUCAAUCGUUUCCAGGCAGUGAGUCAAAUCUCCUGUCGUGCAUUCAAAAUAGGAGAUAUUUUAAUAGGUUUGUGUUGUGAUUACCAUAAAAAGGCGGAUAAGUAGUGUCCAUCUUAACGUUAGGGCCCAACAGAUGAUUAAAACGAAGGUUAAGAACAGCUCUGGACUACACCUUUCCUAACAACGUCUGAUUAUACAGCUACAAGCAAGAAUUUAACUCUUGUGUUCGGGACGAAAGCAAAACAACCUUCGUGCUUACUAGCAUAACCUUUGUAGUGUACACGCGUUAAUCUCGCCAUCGUCAUCAUCAUCAUCCAUGAAUCGCUCUUAUCAGUAGCGGACUCGUUAUCGGAGAUUGCACUGUUCGCUCCUUACAGCCAUAGUUACGCGUUUUGUCGGAGGGAACACUUCGCAUAACAGUCCAGUCAUCACCGUUCCGUUGUAAAGAUAUGGAACCCCACCUGCGACUUGUUACCGGUACGAUCGAUCGAGUUUUCACCGGUCGACAGCCGUGGCAGAUCGUUGCCAUAACCACGACUACGGUGCUCGGUACUGUGUGGCUCUGUCAGGUACUUUUCCAGGAUGAAAGCCUUUACCGGCGUGCGAAAAAGAAGGUGUUCAAACUAGCCCGUCUCAUACCGGCCGUGCGGAGGAAGGUCGAUGCGGAAAUUAAGAAAAUAAACGACGGUUUCAUCAAGGAUAUCAGUCAGGCUGGUAACUACUAUACCGAACUGCCGAACGAUGGCAUGAGCCAGGACAAAAUACUCAAGCAAGUGGAUGAAUACCUGGACCUGGGUCACUAUCGAUGGAAGGAAGGAUUCAUUUCUGGUGCCGUGUACUAUUAUAAUCCCGAACUGAUAAGGCUCGUGACGGAAGUGUACGGGAAGGCGUCCUAUACUAACCCGUUGCAUCCAGAUGUAUUCCCGGGUGUGUGUAAAAUGGAAGCCGAGGUGGUUCGGAUGACGGCAACCCUGUUCCACGGUGGUCCAAGUGCGUGCGGUACCAUGACAACGGGUGGAACAGAAUCGAUCAUGAUGGCCUGCAAAGCGUAUCGCGAUUAUGCAAAUGAUCACCGUGGCAUUACCAAACCCAACAUGGUACUUCCCGUUACAGCCCAUACAGGGUUCGACAAGGCGGCCAAAUACCUGGGAAUCUUUACAAAGGUUGUACCGGUAAAUGCCGCCACGACUGAGGUGGACAUCGCAGCGAUGGAACGUGCCAUCAAUCGUAACACGGUAAUGUUGGUCGGAUCGGCACCGAAUUUCCCGUACGGCACGAUGGACGAUAUCCAAGCGAUUGCGGCACUCGGGCGCAAGUACAACAUCCCGGUCCAUGUAGACGCUUGUCUCGGUGGAUUUUUGAUUGUGUUUAUGAAGCGUGCCGGUUAUCCGGUGCGUCCGUUCGAUUUUAGCAUUCCUGGUGUUACGAGCAUAUCGGCCGAUACGCACAAGUAUGGAUUUACACCGAAAGGGUCAUCCGUGGUACUUUACUCGGAAAAAGUUUACCGACACUAUCAGUACACCGUUACGACCGAUUGGCCGGGUGGAGUGUACGGUUCACCCACUGUGAACGGUUCGCGUGCGGGCGGUAUUAUUGCAGCCACAUGGGCUACUAUGAUGAACUUUGGACUGGAUGGUUACGUUGAGGCGACGAAGCGUAUCAUCGAUACCACUCGUUACAUCGAGAAGGAACUUCGUGCCAUCAAAAAUAUUUUCAUUUUCGGUACGCCUGCUACAAGUGUCAUUGGCAUUGGUUCGCGCGAUUUUGAUAUUUUCCUGCUGGGUGGCGAAUUGAGCAAUCUGGGCUGGAAUUUGAACUCGCUUCAGUUUCCUUCAGGAAUACAUAUCUGCGUGACGUACAUGCAUACGGAGCCUGGUGUAGCGGACAAAUUCGUCCAGGACAUCCGCACGAAGGUGGCACUGAUUAUGAAGAAUCCCACCAAACCCGUCGAGGGCAAGAUGGCAAUUUACGGUGUCGCACAGUCCGUACCGGAUCGUGAACUGAUCGGAGAUUUCACCAAGUGCUUUAUCGAUUCCAUGUACUACACGCCAGUCGACAUGACGACCGGCGGUAAGUAAAACACUGCCUACGCGAAAAAGUACGUUAACCGUGGCACUACAAGCAUCACAUACAGGAAAGACGGGAAAAGAGAUUUCAGAGUAAUUUUUUAAAAGAUGACUUUAAGUCUUUUGUAAAGCAAAGUAUAAACAAAAACAUUGUUCCAUUUGAA